AUGGCGACGAAACAGCCCUUGAAGACGACGUUUGACGUCGAGCGCGUCAUUCGGCCAAUCUAUACCGGAGGAUCUGUUGCAAUUGACAACAAGGCACAGAUUCUAGCCACAACUCUGGGCGAGGAUGCUAUUCUAACAAACCCCACCAAUGGAAAGCAUUUGGCACAGAUUGAAGGCGAUGGAGAUUCAAUUUCGACAUUGACACUAACGCCUUCCGGUUCCCAUCUCAUCGUUUGUUCCCGAUCGCUGUCCAUGAGAAUUUUCGUGCUCAAAUGGUCCUCAGAGGGUGAUUCGAUCGAAGCAUCACUGGUCCGUACACUGAAGCCACAUGCGACCCCAGUCAUUGUUUUGGCGGUUGAUCGUACUGGCACUCUACUGGCGACAGGCGGAACCGAUGGUGUGAUCAAGGUUUGGGAUAUUGCUGGUGGAUAUGUCACACAUACUUUCCGAGGACCAUCAGUUUUGGUGUCCGCACUGCGUUUCUUUGAGGUUGCAGCAAGGGCAAUGCCCAAUCAAAACCCCAAAGGUUCGAAGAACCGGUCCAGGACGGAAGAUGAUGAGGACGAAGACGAGGCAGACGCCGCCACCACUACAAAUUUCCGAUUAGCUUCUGGUAGCCAAGAUGGAAAAGUGCGGAUUUGGGAUCUGAACAAGAGGAGCUGCAUCGCCAACCUGGACUCCCACGUAUCUGACGUACAGGCGAUUGACUACUCUCCAGCACAGCAUGCUCUUGUCACGGCCAGCAGGGACAAGACUCUCAUCUGGUGGGAUACGAAGUCGUGGAAAAUCCGAAAAGUCGUCCCAUGUCUCGAGCUCGUCGAAACAGCGGGAUUCAUCGACGAUGGAAACCUCACAUUCUCCGCCGGAGCCAACGGAUGUCUUCGCAUUUGGGAUACCGACAAGGGCUCAGAGCUGACACCGAAACAAUCUGCCAAGAGCGAAGAGGAGGGAAUCAUUGCCGGCAUUUACCGACCAGAACUUCCCUUUAUUCUCCUAGUGCAGGUUGAUCACACGUUGGCUUUGUACGAGUUGUCAUCAAAGGCUACGACAACAACCAUUACCAUACCUGAGCCUUUCCGCCGGAUAUCCGGCACACAUGACGAGAUCAUCGACAUGGCCUAUCUCUUACCCGACAACUCACUGCUUGCUCUGGCCACGAACUCUGAGGAUAUUCGUUUGGUAUCCGUAGCCGAAUCAGAAAAUGAUGUGGCCCUCUUACGAGGACAUGAGGAUAUUGUAAUUGCAUUGGAUGUUGACUGGUCUGGGCACUGGGUCGCCACUGGAGCUAAAGACAAUACUGCAAAGCUCUGGAGAAUCGAUCCCGCCAGUAGCACUCAUGUGUGCUGGGCUACUUUUUCGGGACAUGCAGAAUCUCUUGGUGCUGUGGCCUUGCCCAAAACUGUUCCUGUCGAAGGAUCACAAGAUCAGACAAUCAAGAAAUGGGAGAUUUCCAAAACACCCCAGCAACAAGGUCAAAAAACCAACGCCCGAUCAGUCUUUACGAGAAAAGCCCACGACAAAGAUAUCAACGCAAUCAAUGUGCAUCAUGCCGGCCAGCUUUUUGCAUCUGCUUCACAAGACAAGACUGUCAAGGUGUGGUCAGUAGAGGAGGGAGAAGUGCAAGGUAUUCUUCGUGGGCACAAGCGAGGAGUAUGGACUGUGCAGUUCUCGCCUGCUCAAAUGCCCGCUCUUCAGGGAGAAGAUGGCCCUGUCACAGGCAAGGGUGUUAUCCUGACAGGCAGUGGUGACAAGAGCAUCAAGCUCUGGAAUCUGUCAGAUUAUACGUGCAUUCGUACAUUUGAGGGGCAUUCAAACUCGAUUCUCAAGGUAGCUUGGCUCAGCAUGACCUCGCGUUCGGAACAGGCCAAAGGACUGGUGCAGUUCGCGAGUGCCGGUGGUGACGGGCUUGUUAAGAUUUGGAAUGCAAACUCUGGAGAAACUGAGUGCACUUUGGACAACCACGAAGAUCGAGUGUGGGCCUUGGCUGUGCAUCCAAAGACCAAUGCCGUCGUCUCUGGAAGCGGUGAUUCUACCGUUACGUUCUGGAAAGAUACAACGUCCGAAACUCAAGCAGCAGCAUCUCAGGCAGCACUGAAGCUCAUCGAGCAAGAACAGGAGCUUGAGAACCACAUGCAUGCUGGAUCUUACAGAGAAGCCAUUACUUUGGCCCUGCAGCUGAAUCAUCCUGGACGGCUGCUCGGCCUCUUUACCUCUGUUGUCACAACUAGCAAGCCCGAACAGGGCAGUCUAUGUGGUAUCAAAGCAGUCGAUGAAGUUCUUGCAACACUCUCCGACGACCAGAUAUACUUGUUGUUGCUGAGGCUGCGGGACUGGAACACAAACGCUCGCACAGCUCCAGUGGCACAGCGCAUACUGUGGACGCUGAUCAAGAGCUACCCGGCUUCAAAGUUCUCAAACUUGCCUGUCAAGGGCUCGAGGGGAGAGAAGAGCUUGAAGGAUGUGCUGCACGGUCUGAGGGUGUAUACUGAGAGACACUACAAGCGCAUGGAGGAAUUGGUGGACGAAAGCUAUCUGGUAGAGUAUACCCUGCAGGAAAUGGACAGCCUCGCCCCGACGCUCCAGGGCGACACUGUCAUGAGUGGUUAG